AUGUCCUACGAGGACGCGCACGCGAUCAUACGACGGUCGAGGCCGCAGGCGAACCCGUACCAGGUGUCGUGGGAUAUCGCGCGGUCGCGUCUGCUCGCGGAGCGGUUGGAGGACAUCUACCUGUACACGCAAGUCGACGGCGGCGGGAACUCGAUCGAUCAGAAGGGGGAUUGGAUCAAGCGCGACGUCGAAGCCGCGGAGAUUGGCGUCAUCAGACAGAUCUUCGAACGCGGCGUCGAGGCCGACCUCGGGCUCGUGUCCGCGCUGUGCGAGAUGGGGUGCCCGCGCGCGGAGGAGGAGAAGAAGGAGGAGAAGAAGAAGUGA